GAAUUCUACAGAGGAGUGGACGGUGGUCAAACGGGGACCAUGGAGCUCAGCGUCCUCCUCCUCCUCGCUCUCCUUGCAGGCUUCCUGUUACUCAUGGUCAGGGGUCAGCCAAAGGCCCGUGGCCACCUCCCACCAGGACCCCGUCCUCUGCCCAUCUUGGGGAACCUCCUGCAGAUGGACAGACGAGGCCUUCUCAGCUCCUUCAUGCGGAUUCGACAAAAAUAUGGAGAUGUGUUCACAGUGUACCUGGGACCAAGGCCUGUGGUCAUGCUGUGUGGGACAGAGGCCAUACGGGAGGCUCUGGUGGACCAAGCUGAGGAUUUUUCUGGCCGGGGAACAAUUGCUGUGGUUGAACCAAUCUUCAAGGACUAUGGUGUGGUCUUUGCCAGUGGAGAACGCUGGAAGGCCCUUCGGAGAUUCUCUCUGGCCACCAUGAGGGACUUCGGGAUGGGGAAGCGGAGUGUGGAGGAGAGGAUUCAGGAGGAGGCGCAGUGUCUGGUGGAGGAGCUGCGAAAAUCCCAGGGAACACGCCUUGCAGGCCUGGACAGCCUGUUGGAUGUCAGCAUUUCUUACCGGAAUGCCGGCUGCCUUGGCUGUUCUCCAUCCCAUGUCGGCUCCUCUGUAGCCCAACUUGAUAUGAAUCCAAACACUGAAGUAUACCCCCUCCUAAGCUCAGCUCUCCACGACCCACGUUACUUUGAAAAACCAGACACCUUCAACCCUGACCACUUCCUGGAUGCCAAUGGGGCACUGAAGAAAAAUGAAGCUUUUAUGCCUUUCUCCAUAGGGAAGCGCAUUUGUCUUGGUGAAGGCAUUGCCCGCAAUGAACUGUUCCUCUUCUUCACCACCAUCCUCCAGAACUUCUCCGUGUCCAGCCCCGUGGCUCCGAAGGACAUUGACCUCACUCCCAAGGAGAGUGGAGUGGGCAGAGUACCCCCAACAUACCAGAUCAGCUUCCUGCCCCGCUGAAUGGGCAGAAGGAAGUGGGUCUGUGGAAUCCAGAAGUGUUUC